ACCAACACGACAACAUGAACUCUCUGGCCUUGAUCUUCUCCGUGGUCGUGGUGGCAGUCUCCGCCCAGUACCACACCCCUGAGUACCACUCGGCUCCCGCACCUUCCUAUGGUCAUGCCUCUGGUCCCGCUCCUUCUUACGAACACGGCUCUGGUCACGCUCCUUCUUACGGAAAGGGAGGUGAAGCUACCAGCUUCCAGAGCUUCCACCUUGAGGUCGGCCAACAGGAGUACAAACAGCCUUCCUACGAGAGCCAGAAGCCUUCUUACCAUUCCGAGCCUUCUUACAAACCAUCUUACGAAAGUCACAAGCCUGCCUACCAUUCUGAGCCUUCUUACCAUCAUGCUCCCGCUCCCGCCUACAAACCUUCCUACAGCAAGCCUGCUUACAAGCCUUCUUACUAAGAC